AUGGCAAGUGAGACCACGAUCAUAGCAAUCAACAGGCGAAUAAACGAACUCGGAAACGCGAGGGCGCAAAUGAAAGAAUUGAUGAAGUCUCGGCGCAAGGAGUCGCUUCAGAAUUACCGCGACUACAAGAGCGCGAAGGCCGACUACAUCCGUCUCGGAAGGUCUAUCAAUGAACUCAAGGAUGAUUUGAGGAGGAUUGAAGAUGGCAAGAGCCGUCUCAAUGUCUGCGACUACAAUCGGCACAAAAGGAGGCGAAUCGUGAAGCGCAUCAUCUUCAACCUUAAAUGGCCGUGGUAUACGGAGAUAGCAAAGGGGACUAAACUUAUCGAAUACCGUCAAGUAAAGGAUUAUUGGCGAAAGCGUCUUGAAAAGUGCAUCCUUGAACUAAACGACGGAAUCAGCGCGAAGAAUUGGUAUGCGGUAUUCCGUCUCGGCUAUGGAGGACACAACUGCGCUUACCCUGACAUCGUGCGCCGCAUCGUGAAGAUCGACAUCGGGCCGUGCCCGUACGACGGAUGGGACGGCGAGUAUUUCAGGAUCCACUUCGAGAAGGAGGAAGGCAAAUGA